CCCGUAGCAGCGCGAAGUUUGUCCCUCUGGUGUCUCCGUAGAUGUAUGGUCUGUCAUCAUCUUCAGCAUGGCGAGCUCCAGUGGUGUAGUGAUGGAGGGGGACUUCAUGAGAAAUGCUGAAUAUACACCGAGAUCCACCGGGCAGAGUGAGACAGAUAUUGACAAACGCCUUGGUGGCUGUCUGAUGGCAGUGGGGCUGGGAGUUGCAGCGGCAGGGUUUGCAGGUCGAUAUGCAUUCCACUUAUGGAGGCCUCUGAGUCAGGUGAUUACAGAAGCUGCUAAGAAGGUCCCCUCCACGUCAUUUUCUGCAUAUUACAAAGGUGGAUUUGAGCAGAAGAUGACCAGACGGGAAGCCAGCCUUGUUCUCGGGAUCAGUCCGACCAGCAGCAAGGCAAAGGUACGGGAAGCCCACAGAAGGAUCAUGGUCCUAAAUCAUCCAGAUAAAGGUGGAUCCCCGUAUUUGGCAGCAAAGAUCAAUGAAGCAAAAGAUCUUCUUGACUCUGGCCCUCGGCACUGACCCAGCUGCCUGCGCUUCCCCAGCAGAGUUACAUCUACUUCAGAGCCGCCAACUCACCCAUGAGACUCCACUAGUCAUUGUUCUCCUCCAUGUUUUUCUGCCAUAAAUCAGAUUCUCAGCAUACUGCGUUCUGUUCUAUCUGUCACUGUUCCCCUCCACCACUUUAAUGCAAGUCGGCAAAGGUUGAUCCUUCAUGUUAAAGGAUCUUCACGCUGUCCAUGUGAAGUAUCUCGCAUUAAUCUUUAUUAUUUUUUUAGGUGACUUGUGUAAUGUUUAACGUCUGCUGAAAAAUGGUGGUCUAAAAAGCCUCAAGUAUUUCCCCUAACCCAUAGGGACCAGACUAUGUAUGUGUUAAGUUAUUUUAGCAUGCUGAAUAAACUCAAAUUUUACAAAUCUGGAA